UUUUUCUUGUUUGUCACAAGCUUGAGCUUCCACUCCAACCACAUAAAAAAUGAAUGGAAAUAUGGCUAAAACAGAGAAAGCUUUUCACACCAUUCAUCAUUUAUGGCUCUUCUUCCAUCUUCAUCUUCAUCUUCUUCUUCUUCUUUCCUCAAAACUAUCUACCAUACGUCAUCCCAAUUUUAUCAUCCAUACCUCAUCCCUUCUUCUUUAGGUUUCAAUCCAGUGACUUAUCCAAAGCAGCACCUGAAUUUCAAAAGCAACAACUCAAAGCUCUUUGUUGUUUCAUACAGGUAUUUCACUAAAGAAGAAGACGAAGAAGAAGAAGAGCACAACUUUGAUGAAGCAGUGACUCUAUUUAAUGGUGGAGAGUACUACAAAUGUCAUGACUAUCUUGAAUCACUUUGGCACAAUGCUGAAGAGCCAUCAAGAACAUUAAUUCAUGGAAUACUGCAAUGUGCAGUUGGAUUUCAUCACCUAUUCAAUCAGAAUCAUAAAGGAGCUAUGAUGGAGUUAGGGGAGGGACUAUGUAAACUGAGAAAGAUGGAGUUCCCUAAUGGACCGUUUCUUAAGUUUGAGAAAGAUAUUUCAGCAGUUUUGGAAUUUAUCUACCAGACGCAAAUAGAGUUAGCUGCAUGUAGUGAUGAUAUUUGUGUUGCAAUGGAUCAAUCAGAAAGAUCCUACCAACUUAUGGGAGAAUAUGCUGCAGGGAAGCGUGUAUACGAUCUAGAACUUGGUCGUGAUGCAUCAGUGUACAUUGUGUUCUGCCCUCAAGGGUCUAAUGGUGCCACUGAAGCUCCAAGGGCAAAGCUUCCAAGGCUUAAUGCUACCUCAGAACAUCUUGUAGCAUAUGAAUACAAGUAAAUGCAUGAAUUUAUUCUUCACUUCUAUUAGAUAUUACAAAAUGUAUAAAAUCGUCAAGGAUUACAUGCCGGGAAGAGUCUUCUUGAUCAAGCAUCGCAAAAUGGAAUCCUGAAGUAGUAGCCACCAUAUACUAAACUUUUGUGUUUUGUAAUGAUCUACAAAAAAAAUUAUAUUUAUCAGGAGGAUUAAACUUCAUAAAUCCAAACAUUUUCCAUUGAUUUUGCA